AUGGCCUGGGCAAACCAGACCUUCAACUCUGACUUCAUCCUGCUGGGAAUCUUCGACCACAGCCCCACGCACACCUUCCUCUUCUCGCUGGUCCUGGCCGUCUUCACAGUGGCCUGCGUGGGGAACUCGGCCAUGGUCCUGCUCAUCUACCGGGACGCCCAGCUGCACACGCCCAUGUACUUCCUCCUCAGCCAGCUCUCCCUCAUGGACCUACAUUAUGUGAGUACAUGUCCCCCACACUCUGAGAAGGCUCUUCACUUAAAAAAGGCCAAGACUCAGAGGGCUCCUGAGGAUGAGGUGCACAAGCUGGCCUCUGAGGAGGUCUGCGACAUUCCCAAGGAACCCGAGUUUCCCUUCCCAGAAGCAGACGGCCCGGAAGUCGGCAUGGGCAGAGGCAGUGACAGCAGGAUCACAAACAUGGACCAGCUGGAAGUUCCAAUAUGGGCCCAUCACACAAGGAGUCUGGUUCUGCAUCACGGGGUGUGGAGCUUAGCAGCAGUGCUCAUAGCUUAUGUCACUGAAGUGACCGAGCUCUCCUUGCUAAAAUCAAGCCCAAUCUUCCUAUCAGAACUAUGUGGAAGUCUCUACUCUGAGGACAACACCAGAUGCUUCCUGAUAGACCCCAUCACGCUCCUGGGCCUCAGGCCUAUAAAUUGGCUUAUGGCCAUCGACCAUUUCUUCUGUAAUGUCCCAGCUAUGCUGACUAUAGUUUGUGGGGACACCAGGGUCCAUGAGUACACUGUGUUCUUCAGCUCCGUCAUCUACCUCCUGAUCCCUUUCCUGGUCAUUGCAAUUUCCUAUGGGAAGGUUCUCCUUGCCAUCUACCGCAUGCGCUCCCGGGAGGGCAGGAAGAAGGCCUACGCCACCUGCAGCACCCACAUCACUGUGGUGACUUUGUACUAUGCACCGUUUGUUUACACAUACCUCCGUCCAAUGUCCCUCCGAUCUACAACAGAGGACAAGGUCCUGGCUGUCGUCUACACCAUCAUCACCCCCAUGCUGAACCCUCUGAUCUACAGCCUGAGGAACAAGGAGGUGCUAGGGGCUGUGCAGAGAGUGACUGGGAGAUGUUUUUCUCUGAAAAUUUAG